AUGGAAGAGCAGAACCUCACCGCCCCAGUGACAGAAUUUGUUCUCUUGGGCCUCACCCAGAAUCCUGAGUUGCAGCGCUUCCUUUUUGUGGUUUUCCUCAUAGUUUACGUGAACACCUGGCUGGGAAUUUUCAUCAUCAUCACCGUGAUCAUCAACCACCGACUCCAUACUCCCAUGUACUUCCUGAACUUGGUUUUCCUGGAUGUAGGGGCGCACGACACUCCACCAGUUGUCCGACACAUCUCGGGCAUUAUGAAACACGACCAGUUACCUGCGGUAUCUGCUGCACCAGAAGAGACCAGUGGUCUGGAUACUUCAGCCACCUAUCGGGCCUGUAUUAGAAAUGCAUCCUUGGAGCACCAUUUCACACUGGCUGCCAUCGAGGCUCAGGAGAUGGACCUCCUGGAGCCCAUGAGAGGGGAGAACGGCACCUUGGUGACCAAAUUCAUCCUCCUAGGUCUCUCCAGCAACCUGCAGGAACAGCUCAUCCUCUUUGGGGUCUUCACAGCCAUCUACCUGGUGGCCCCGAUGAACAACGUGCUCAUCUUACCGCUGCUCAGUCUGGACUCCAGGCUCCACUCACUCAUGUAUUUCCUGCUGGGCAACCUUUCAGUGGUGGACAUUGGCUACAUCAGCUCCACCAUGCUCAAGAUGUUGGCCAAUUAUCUGUUGCAAGACAAGUUCAUCUCAUGGGCUUUCUGCCUCACUCAGAUCUUCUUCAUCUCCUUCGGGGGGAUUAAGUGCCUGCUGCUGGGGGUCAUGGCCUAUGACCGCUACGUUGUCAUCUGUCAUCCUCUGCACUACGGCACGUUCAUGCUGGGGCCACGCCAGUGCCAGCAGGGUUUCAUGGUGUUGUCGGUGCACGCCCCACAUGUGCCUAUUCUCAACUUCACACCUCAAGGGGUCGUGAUUCCCUAG